AAUAACCCUUUAAAACUGUACCGGAUCGAAAUUAUAAUCUUGGAUGUAAAUGAUAAUUCCCCAUCAUUUCUCAGCACGUCACAGAUAAUUAAUAUAACGGAGAAUACAGCAGCAGGGGCAAGAUUCCCUUUGCAACGAGCUCACGAUGCAGACGUCGGAAAAAAUACUGUAAAUAGCUACAAGCUGAGUCAAAAUGAACACUUCUCUCUCGUCACACAUAAAGGAGAGAGUGUAACUGUAGAAUUACAGCUUCAGAAAGUUUUAGACCGAGAAAAACAGUCUGUGAUCCGACUCACACUGACUGCUAUUGAUGGAGGAACUCCUGCUAAAUCUGGCACUAUGGUGAUUAUGAUCAAUGUGUUAGACAUUAAUGAUAACGCUCCUGUAUUCAGUCAAACAUUGUAUAAAGCCAGUGUGUAUGAGAACGCCAAGAUCGGAACAUCAAUAGUAACGCUAAAUGCUACGGAUUUAGAUACAGGCCCAAAUGGACAGAUAUUUUACUCCUUCAGUAGAAUAGACCGUGUGACCGAAACGGAUCUGUUUGCUAUAGAUGAAAAAACUGGAACUGUAACAAAUAAAAAGAAUAUCGACUUUGAAGAAAAUAAUGCUUUUGAGAUUCGCGUACAAGCCAGUGAUGGAGCUGUUUUCCCUAUGACCUCACAUGCCAAACUACUGAUUGAAGUUUUAGACGUCAAUGACAAUACUCCUGAAAUUUCAGUCACAUCACUGUUAAAUAGCGUAAAAGAGGAUGCGUCCAUCGGCACCGCCAUUGCACUAGUUUCAGUGCUUGAUAAAGACGGAAGUAAAAAUGCGAUGCUGAACUGUAAAGUCUCCAACAAUGUUCCUUUUAAACUGGAGUUAAGUUAUAAGAAUUACUACUCGUUGGUGGUGGACGGUCCUCUGGACAGAGAGAGCUCAGCUCAAUACGACAUCAGCAUCACUGCUACUGAUGAGGGCAGCCCACCUCUCUCCAGCACGAGCGUCAUUAAUGUCCACGUCUCAGAUGUGAAUGAUAACAAACCUUUAUUCAAAGAAAACAUAAUCAACGUCUAUGUGAAAGAAAACAGUCCAGUAGGAGCAGUUUUAAAAACUGUUUCAGCAAUUGAUGCUGACGUCGAUCAGAAUGGUCAGGUGAGUUAUUCAGUUUUACAAAGUAACAGCAACUCACUGCCGUUAUCUUCAAUGGUGAAC